AUCCAAACUGAUUAUGAGGAACUUCUUAUUAUCAAGACUAGGCAAUCCCUUCUGGAGGCAUUGACAGAGCAUGUCAAAACUAAUCAUGAAUACAAUGUGCCAAAGGUGAUCUCCUUACCCAUCACUGGAGGCAAUCUUAAAUAUUUAGAGUGGAUUAAAGAGAGCACAAGGGACUGACUAUCAAGUUUAUAGCCUGAGGUGUGGUUUCCAGAGUUCUUCUGCUCGUGUGUUAAAUAAAGUCAGUUUGUCAUCUAUGUAACUAGGCAAUGAUAAUAUUAUGUAGAGGAUGAUGAUCGGUCUUGUAUUACUGCUAAUGGCU